GUCUCAUCGUGUUUUUCUUUUCCCUUCACGACUAUUUUAUAAAUCUUGCGUUAGACGUUAACGCUCCAAUUGAUUUGUGCGAGAAAAUUUUACAUAAACCCUAGAAAACUCUCUUAUUGUUCGCGUUUAAUUCUUCAGGUACGAUUUGCCAUCCUCUCUCUCUCUCUCUUUUCAAAAGAUAUGCCGGUGAUGAAUCCGUCGUCGUUGUGUAUUGGUGCACAACCAUUGGUCUUCCUCCCUCCUCGCUUUAAUCAUCGACCAGCUAAUGGACAAUUUCGUGGGCGUUACUACCCUACAAGAGUUUCUAUGCAAUUCCACAAGAAACAGAUUUUAUUUCCUUCUCUCAAGGCAGUUGGAACAAGAGCCGUUGCUAGGAAAGGACUUGAUUUCGCCUCUAAGAGCAAAAGAUCUCUCUUUGUAUGUAACGCUGCGCUGAAUGCAAAAUGCAGUCAAGGGCAAACACAGACUAUUACACGGGAAUCACCAACAAUCACACAAGCUCCCACUCAUGGAAAAGUGAAAUCCCCAAAGCUUGAUGAUGGUGGAAGCGGGUUCCCACCUCGGCAUGAUGGCGGAGGUGGUGGGGGCGGAGGUGGUGGAGAGAGCUUCUCAGGUGGAUUCUUCCUUUUCGGGUUUCUUAUGCUCAUGGGAUACUUGAAAGAUUUGGAGGGCGAACAUGACAACAGCCACUAAAGGGAGAGGGGAUUAAACAUGAUGCACGACAAGACAAACAGAACCAGCAGAGACAAUAGAGUUUACUAGUGCUCCUAGCAAUAGGCACCACAUCUUUUAUCUUUCAUCAGUCUUGUUAUGAAACAGAUAGAAUCUUGUUUUCUUUAUCAGAGUCGCACAUGAAAGAAUGACUUGAAUACGUAUAUAUAAAAGUCAAGAGUGAUUAGAGCA